AUGUCGUCACCUCCACCAUACCAAUCAUCGUCCAACCCCCUCAAACGACCUUCUAUCUCUUCCACUACCUCACAACCACUUGGCAAGAAGCAGCGCAUGCACCCACUUCGCCAGACUUCAUUUCCAACCGGCAUUGACCCUGAGCGGAGUUUCGGUGGGACCAGUGAUGCUGGAAGCGUAACUGGCAGUUACACAGGUAGUCUUGGCGGAGCAAGCGCGGAUGGAGUCUUUUCUGCUGCACGAGGCAAAAAGCGCGGACGCAAAAGCAAGGCAGAGAAAGCGAUUGAACGUGAACAGGAUACUCUCAGCGCCAGAGCUGGGGACUCGACACGAUUCGGGUCGGUCGAUAAUGAGGGCUCCGUGAGAGGCGGUCCUUCUGGCGGCGGAGGAGGUGGUGGAGGCGGAGACGAUGCGGAUUAUGAUGAUGAGGACGAUGAGGCUGAGCUGUUCGGGCAGCAGGAAGGAGCUACGGAUACGGAGGCCGAGAAAAAGAAUCUAGCAAUCCUGGUUGAUGCUUUCAACCCAAUGCAAUCGGAGAGAUAUGACCUUUUCAAGCGAGCGAAGCUGCGCAAAGAGACGCUUCGCCGUAUUGUCAACCAUGCCCUCUCACAAUCUGUCCCAGCCAGCGUGGUGACAACAGUAAAUGGUUUCACCAAGGUUUUUGCUGGUGAAAUGAUUGAAAUGGCCCGGACAGUCCAGACUCAGUGGGCCGAGGCACAUGACCUCGCUGCACGCGACGCGUUCGAGGCCGAAGAAGCCGCAGCCGAAGCCGCCGCGCAAGCAAAAGCUCUAGGUCUCGCUGCAAAUUCAAAACACUCUACUCCAAACCCCGGCACCCCAGUUCCUAAUUCGGGGCCAGGCUCCCUCGGCAACGGGGUAAAGAAAGAGUCCCAUGAUUCUGAUCGCACGCUCGCUUCCUCUUUUCCCCCUCAUAACACCCCAACGCCAACUUCAACUCCUCUCCGCCCAAAACGCGAGUUCCGUCCUCCACCUAACCCACACCGUGGCCAACUUCUGCCCUCACAUCUACGCGAGGCAGUCCGACGCACGAAGCGUAAUGGCGAAGGUGGUGGAGUCGGCUACUCGGGAUUGAGUUUGGAGAACAUGGGACACUCGCAUUUAUACACUCGUUUGAUAGACACAAUACCCACAGCCCUACCUUGGUCUUCCGGCAAUCCAUCAGUCAAAGGAGACCCCAAGAAAAGCGUCAAAUGGAUUGAUGGCCUCCGAGGUAUUGCUUCAUUCCUGGUCGUACUAACCCAUCUCGCGCGAGCGUGGGACUACGAUUUAUUCUCACCACGCGACAACGAGAACGCAACACCACGAAUCCUCCAAUGGCCAAUUCUUCGCAUUCCCUGGCAAGGCCGCAUUGGAGUGACCAUCUUUGCCUUCCUCACCGGCUAUGUCUGCGCGCUCAAACCACUCAAGCAAUCGCGAGCAGGUGAUACAGCGGGUGCGUUUGUAACUAUAGCAAAAAGCGCGUUCCGUCGGCCUCCUCGACUCGUCUUCCCGGCGACUAUUGCUCUCGUUAUAUCUUGGGUUGUUGCGCAAUUCGGUGGUUUCAUCGUGGCUAAUAGAUCGGAUUGUUGGUGGUGUCGAUAUGCGGCGCCUGAUCUCGAGGACUCCUUUUGGAAAGAACUCAUUCGUUUGCCGAUGAAUUUCUUGUCGACUUGGACGACGGGAUACAUGGCUUAUGAUGAUCACCAGUGGGCACUUUUGCCACUGCUUUUGGCGUCAAUGUUGGUUUACAUUACUCUUUCUGCAACCAUGUUCGUCAAGUUUAGGUAUAGAGUAUUGGUCUAUAUUGGCAUGAUGCUCUAUUUUCACCAAGAUGCGGCAAAAAAUACAGAAACGUUUCAACUACAAGCUAUAUACGGCAUGCUCCUGAGUGAUUUGUCCUACAAUACAGCCUUGAAAGAGUGGAUUGAAAAUCACCCUAGGGGCCGGAAGAUGCUUACAAUCCCACUGACUAUUGUCGGUCUAUUGAUCGCCUCAUAUCCGGGCGAGCACCCCGAAUGGGCCGGCUGGUCCAACUCGAUGUUCGAAAUAGGCAAAUACAUCUUCCCACCCGAGGUGAAUAUUGGCAAACGCUACACUGCGCUCGCAAUUGAUCUCAUCAUUCUCGCCAUCUUCUUUUCCCCUUCGACAAAGGACUUCCUAUCCAAUCGACUUCUCCUGUGGCUGGGAAAGCAAAGUUUCGCUGUCUACCUCAUCCAUGGCACGAUGCUCCGUGUUGUGCUCUGUUGGAUGCUAUAUGGAAUCAGUGGACAGCCAUGGAAAGGCCCCGAAGCCCUGACUGACGACCAGCGCGAUGACUGGCUGCCGCUCCGACCGCCCUGGGUUGUUGCGAUCAGUAUUCCUAUAUGGAUUGGGCUAGUCUAUUUCCUUGCUGCACUGUGGACGGCCUAUGUCGAUACAUUCUGCGCUUCUUUGACGCAGAAGUUGGAGCGGGCUGUAUUUGUUGAGGACGAGAAGACGCCGUUGCCAUUGCCUGCGACAUCGGUUCCGAUGCAGACAGCUUGA